UUAGCAGACAAAAUAAACGAGUUUGGCAAUGUCUCUCAGCAGGCAGUGCUAUUGACCGAAGGACAUUUUUGAAGUUGAACGGUCGGUUCUUUUUUGUUGUUUGGAAAGAACUGGGUGUUGAACUUGAUAUAUACAUAUAUUAAUCGGGUUUAUAUAGCCAGAAACGAUCGACCAUGUAUGGAACGGAAUCAGAUAAUGGAAAUUGGGACCACAUGCUGGAUGGAACCAUAGAAAGUCUCUUCAAUAAUGCAAAUGCAGAGGACGAGCAUGGAGAACUUGAGAAACUCGAUAACCAGCACCAGCUGCUGCCAACUCCAUCGUCGAUGUUGGCUGGUGCAGAGUGGCUGGAGGCUGAUGAAAUACAGAAGAUGAACCAGCUAGUGACCUCAAUGUCAGCUGCACUUGAUGAAAUGGAGUGGGACAGAAGGAAGUGUAAAUCAUCUCUAGGUGACUGCCUUCACCACUUUGAGCGGCUGAAAUCUGGAUCUUCUCUUUGGAUGUGUCGACUUGAUUUGCUGCAGCAGGCAAUCACUUACGAUCCUGAUAUGGUAAUAGCAUUGGCAUUUUAUUCAAACAUCUCCAAACUUGCACACAAACACACACACAAGAAGAGCAUUGAACAUCUGCAUAUACCAGCAGGAUUUUACAUAAACCAUCAUCAAUUCAACUAUAGCUAUGUCAAAAUGGGGAGGAGCAAUGAUGAAGGAGACCUGCAUAAGAUGAACAAGUCCCAGCAGAUGAUUCGCCCAGAGAAACGUGGAGACGUUGACCGAGGGGAAGGAGAAGACUCUUCGUCUCUGCACUUGGCAUCGUUUCAAGGCCCUGACAACGAAGAGAUUCUGAGCCGGAUUGAUCUCUUAAAGAAGAACGCCGUCUCUUUUUCUAGCGGCAACCAGCCGCAGAGAGACGAGGCCCAGCAGCAGCACCAGUCUUCUUUUCUCCUCUUCUCGGAUGGUGACGAUGAGCCCACCAACAACGCCCGGUACGAGUCGAAACGGUCACUAACAUUACUGCUGCUUCGGUUGCAAGACGAGGAGGGAGGAAGAAGAGAAAAAAAAAAGGAAAAACGGAUGAAAAUCGAGCCAAGUUGCUAUGCUGCUGCUUGCCAUCAUCCCGUCAAGUCAAAUUGCCAGAAACGCUUGAAGCGACGUCGCUGCUGGAAACGGAGAAGGGAUAAGCUAUAGUAACCGGUGUACCAAACAAGCAAAUAGCAACCGACGACCCAGGAGCGACAAAAACGGAAAAUGAAAAAAAAAAAGGAACAGCCGGAAAAGUUCCAAAAUAGCGAUCCACACACGGGGCCCGCCCGUUUUUUUUUUUUUCCCCUUUCUUUCUUUCUAAUAUAAGUUUUAUUUUUAUUUCAUUCUAACUUCUUACUUUUUUUCUUCUCGGCAGCUACGACCGAAUCGAUCAAAAUAAUAUCCCGAGGUGAGGCUAUAAUUACUUGCACCCUGCGUCACCGUGUUGGACGUUGUGAGUGUGUGUAUCUCUGUGUGUGUGUACGUACAUCCGCCGUGCAUCUAUAAUAAAACUUUCGUGAAAAACUAAAGAGAUGCAGCACAACGAGAGGAGGACGGGGGGGCAUCGAAUGGAGAGAAGAAGAUAAGAGAGAUCAGCGGGAGGGCCUGGAGAGGGGGGAAUCUGUGUGACACUUUGACAGUUUUCUUUCUAGUUCUUUAACGAAGAAAAAGAAUGUUGAUCCGGUUUGCUUCCAGGAUACUUCGUCAUAACGGAAAAAGAGAAUCUCGCCCCACCCACCCCCAAGGAAAAGAAACAAACAUACGAUAAAUAGAAGAGACGACAGUUGGAAAAAACAAAUUGAAAGGAAAUGAUGAGACAGAGGAUAUUAUUGCAAGUUGUACGCGUUACGCACACAGACGGAAGAAGGCGAUCGUGGCGCCGGUGGAGAUAGAGCGUCGUCGCUAUUGAUCUCGUCGUUAUCGCCAGCGCUGGCGAUAUCGUCGUUUGCAUUGGCCGAUCCCGGCUGAUCGUCGCCGUUUUUGCCUUUGGGCGCGGCGGCCACCGACGACGAUGUUGAGGUGCCCUGUUGAGAACUGCGGCUGGCCGACUUGAGCUGCGCAAGUUCAGCCGCUGUAUUAGGAUCCUGCUUCUUCCACUUGAUUUUUUUAAUGAAAUAACAACAACAACAACAUGAAAACAAAGGAGGAUUUCGUACCUGGGAACCGGUGACGUUGAGCAGACGGGCGACUUCCUGACGUUCGUUGGACGAUAAAUAUUUCUUCUGUUCAAAAAUGCGCUCCAAUUCGAAAAGCUGUUUACCCGUGAAGGUGGUGCGCGUUUUGCGCGGACGCGAUUGGCCGUUAGCUGAAUCCGCACCGCCGGAAUUGACCAAAUCGGCCACCAUGACCAUGUUCUGAUGGUGGUGACUGUCCUUGUUCUUCCUGCGCUUGUUGCCGCCACCGUUGCUGUUCGAUUGUUGUUGUUGUUGCUGCUGUUGUUGCUGCUGCUGUGACUGGACGGGGAAAACAAUUCCGGCUGAAUCGCUUCCGGCGGCAGCCACGGCUGCCGCUACGACGGCCGCCGCGGCCGCCGCGUUGGUGUCGGACGCGUGUCCGUCGUCAUUGGCCUCACUGUCCGUCUCUCCGCCGGCCCUCUGUUGGGAUUCCUGACACCGCAUCACUUCACUCGUCUGCCACAGACGGGCAGCCGUCAAAUAGUACUGGAGCACCGUCGAGAAGUUGGCGGCCAUCUGCAAAUGCGGCUGGACGUUGCCCCACUGUCCGACGCCGUCCAUGUCGCCCUCGUCCGUCCCUGGGUCACUGGCCGGCUCCAUGGCGUCCACCACCAGUCCUUUGGCCCGUUUGAUGGGCGUCCCGCUCUCACGUUCCCUUUCACGUUGGCGACAUUUGCUCUUGUCCAGGCUCAAGUCCAGUGGCUCGUCACUAAUGUUCAUCAUAUCGGCCACGUCGACGCAGUCGGACGCCAUCCCGUCUCGCUCCUCUUCGCUACCGUCGUCGUAGUCGUCGUCGUCGCAACGAUGUCGCUCACUUAAAACGAGUGGCUCGAACGGAUGGCCGUCCCUUUCGCGCUCGAUUUUGCAAAUGCCGGAGGCGAGGCUGUUGGCCAGUGGCGCGCAAUCAGCCGGAUGAGUUUUCCAGCCGAGGAUGUCGGCGAUGGAAUGACGCGACGCGGCCGCUGUUUGAUGCCGGUCGGAGCACGGCGAUGAAUCACUUGCACGUCGUGUGGACGAAUAGCGAACGUGAUGACGACGAUGAUUGCGCUUACUGUUGGCAAUGCUGGAUGGAAGGGCAGCCACUGAGCCGGCACUCGACAGACACGAUGCUCGCAGAUUUAAAGCAGAAGAUGCUCGGUCCGGCCGGCACCACGUCGUCAUUGCUCAUCAACGGCAACGGAACACCGGCCAUGUGAGAAUGAAAACUGCGCGAGUCGACAGCCGCGGAGCUUUCCCUUGUUUAAUUCUUCUCGACGUUUUGCGGCCUUUGUUGAACAACCAAAGAAAAAGGAGACGGACAACAAAGGAGUUUGGCCGGCUAUUGUUAAUACAAGUGACGCAUCGUUCAUAUUUGGUUGACUGUGCUUCGUUCGAUGUGGGCGACGCGGAGAGAGGAGAGAGAGAGCCGGAUGGUGCGGUGUAAUAGCAGCUCGUCUACCCUUCCUCCCCGCUUUCGUUAUCUCAUCAAAGUUAUACACCAAAUAAGAGAGACAGAGAGAGCCGCUGCCGUGGAACGGCUCCUCCCAUCGAUCUAUUCAAAACGACUGACAAUGUCAUGUAGACAGAGUGUAUGGCAAAGGCAGAAUGAAAUAGAGAUGCCCCUCUAUUCUGCGUGUGUGUAACAUGGAAAUUCGAUGAGAUACAUGCGCAGCUCGUUGACAGUCAACAUCAUUUUUGUUGUUGUCCUUCGCUGUGUACGUAUAGCCCUAAAAUAGGAUAAUCAACUGUGUCUGUAGCUUUCGCAAUCAUUGCGUAGCCACACCCAUCAUUGAGGAUUAAAAAAAAAAAAAAAGAGAGAGCCAAUUUUGAAAUUGAAAUAUGCUUAUAACAAACUGCAUGUGUAAAUAUUUAAAUUCUUUAGGAUUUGUCAAAUAUUUGGAAGGGGGGAAGAAACAAAAUGGCCCUUAUGGGAUAAAAAGUUUAAUUGCACUUUUGGGUGUGGGGCACUGCUCCGCUGGUGUCGUAUUCUUAUGUAAACUCCUUUGCAUAUAAAAAAAAAAGAAGAAGAAAAACAUGUCCGGGAACAAGACUUUUUGGGGAAGGGGAAGUCAAACAGACGUGGCACGGCGGUUGAAAUCUAUAUGUAUAUUUAUAGCCCUUCGUUGUAUGCCCUCCCACCUUUAUUCAUAGUCCAUAGACCCAGGGAGGAAGAAGAGAGAGAGAGAGAUAGGGAGACAAAUAGCGCUUGUAAGACUUUGCAGCCCAGUGUCAUAAAUAGUCAAAAGGGGAAGGGGGGGGGGAAGAAUUAAGUCGUCAGAAAAAAUUCAGUUAUAGCGAGGAUUGAAGGAUAGGUCGUUCCAGACGAUUGAACCAAAUGGAAUAGCUGUAAUCAUCUACUAGUUUAUAGGGGUAGAAAAAAACGAACCAGAUGAAAUAAAAAAACAAAACAAAACAAAAAGAAGCAACGGUCUAACGUGAGCCAUAAGAAAUGAUGAUGUCCCAUGAAAAAUAGAAAAUAAAGGACGAGCCGGGAGCUUUUCGGGGAGGGUAGGAAGAAUGUAGAGAAAACGAAGGGAACCCAUAGAGCCGUGUUGACGUUGUGCCAGCCAUUCCAUUAGCCGAGCCAUUUAACCUUCAGCUAACCAAGCACUUUAACACACAUACACACCCUUCGUUCUUUUUUAUUUAUUUAUUUUUUUUUUCCCCUAGUUUAGCUCUCGUCUUCCUUCGUUGCUGUGGCCGCCAGCGAUUUAUGGCUUCGUUUUUUCCUCUUUAGUUUCGGGAACAACGGGAGUGCGCAGCACCUCGCUUGAUUCAUUUUCUUAAAUUAUUUGUUAUUGUUUUGUUUUGUUUUUGAUGUUGUUAUCGUUUCUUUUCUGCUGUCCGCUGGCACAAUGGCAGUACAUUUAUGUAUACAUAUAAAUAUAUAGAUAUAUAUAUAAAUAUAUACUGUGCUUGCUAAGUAGUAUGGGUCGGUCACGUUUAACGGUUGACAGCUUCGUUUAUCCGCCGCCUGGAGCGAGGCCCGUUUUUUUUCUUUUGUUUUUUUCUUUUUCUUUCUAAUUUCCCGAUCGUAUUACAGGUCGAUGACUGCAUCCAGCUCAUCGGUGCUUAUAUUAUAACUGUAUAGCUUGUUUAUAGAUUUGAGUAUUUGUUUGUUGUUUAACGGUCGUGAGAAAAGAACAUGACGAACAGUUUUUCACCAAUAGCGGGUGGGGUCUCUUGGCUUCAGAUUUUGAUUGUGGUUCCGUCUCUCCCUUCUACCCAGCCUGUCAUAAUUCUCGUUCGAUGCGGGUCCAAGUUGACAGGAUGGUGACUUGAAAGGUUGCACACAUACACAUGGAAAGGAAUCCAUUCAAUAAUGCAGGCCUUGUGGCAUGUGACGUCGUCCUCUCGACAAAGAAUCAAACAAAAAAGUAAUACGUGAAUAAAUAAAUUCGUGGGGGCAGAAGCCAGAAGCAAGUCAAUCAAUUAGCGACCGUGUGCAACUUUAUACACACUUUUUACGCGAGUGUUAUUACAAAUGAUUUGUUUUGAUUCGAAUCGUCCUGCCAUCUAGCAAAUGUCGAAGAAACCACAAAGGGUGUCGGGACAAAAUCGCAGUUGUUAUUGGCGAUUGUAGAUGGCGUUCGCAAUGGACGAAUGCCGUGUGUUGGAAAAUUGCAACUGACGGAAACAGUUGUGUUUGGGACGUGGUAUGCAGAAUGUUAGUGAUAGCAAGGUGAAGGUUGGCAGGAAUUGCACAUGAAAGUAGCCAGUACUUUCUGAUCGUCUAUCAUCGCCAAUUGGGGAACGUGGUAAAGUAUAUCGUGAUUAGUAAUGUGUUAGUUUCAGAGAUUCUUUUAAGAAAUUACAUUUUGUAUCACCAAAAAACAGACUGUACGUACUUUAAUUCUUUAUUGUCCAUUCGUAAAUACGUUUAUGUGUUGGCUAUGUUUUUAUAAAUCUGGAAGAUGCAAGGUGGUAUCACAGUUAGGCACAAUGGUCAGAAACAAGAUAAUGUUCACAAAUGACCCAAUUAUAAAAAAAGGUUUCUUACAUUUGUGUUUUAUUAUUUAAGGAAAGGUUUUUUUUUUUAAAUAUGAUGUAUGAUAGCAACCUUUUAAAGUCUACUAGUUGUUUUGAGGGUUGUAAUUGUAAAUAAACCGUUCAUUGGUUUAUUCAUAAAGGUAUAUAUUGGCAACUAUGCAUUCUAACUUCAGAUUUCUAGCGUCUGUAAUGAGAAGACAAAAUUGUGGUUGUGGUAGAUUUUAGGUAGGCCUUAGAUUAAUACGAAUCCUUGCAUGGAAGUGAUUCUAUAAAAUUGUAUGAUAAUAAAAUGUGGAACGUUUGUGAAAAACCAAUGAUAUCGUCUUUAAUGAUGAGCUGAUUGCAGUGUGUGCACGUUAAACAACGAAAUAGUAAGUCUUAUUUCUGAAUAUAUUUGAUGUCUUAAUGCCUAUCAGUAGCCCAAUUGUGAAAACUUGAAUCAAGGAACACUUUCGCACUGUGAACUGUUAACGACUACUCGCUUGCAUUCGUCGUAGAUAUCGUGAUGGAUACACAUUCACUUAGAUUUAUAGAGGACGAUUAAAAGGUCCACAGUAAUAGAAUGUGAUUGUAACCGGUUGUUACAACAACCAUACAAAUGUUCUCUUUCUGGAUAUUUCAACAAAUGUGAACUGAAACUUUGUUCAAAAGUCGUUAACAAAAAUCACUUGGAUUUUCUAGAUCUAGACUGUAAAUAAACAAUAUUAUGGUUAGCAGAGAAAUAUUGGUUUUAGCGUAGGCUUUUCACUAGAUCGUGGUGGCCCUGAAAAGGGUCAUUUUGUCUAGUGCAUUGCAAUUUUCGCCUAGGCAAUGGCGCCUUGGCUGUUUCACGCCAUUGUUUAGAUUAAAAGGAGGGAAAACGAAUAGAGUACAAACACAUAGCCUCUCGGUACAUAUGAGGUGGCGGUAGAGUCCGUAGCAGGUGGUUUUACGUUAGAAGGGUUCACUUUUGAAGGAAUUGUUUUGUCCGUCAAAAGUUGUAAAUUAUUGUAUUGUGUGGAGAAUUGUCAAUAAAAAUGUUUCUUAAACAAA